CCGGCCGCCGCCAAGAGAACGAGUAAUUACGCCAGCUACCUCAAGAACACGACACGCGCUGCGUGCGCGGCGCGCAUUCUUCUCCUCCUCCUUCUUCUUCUUCUUCUUCCACAUGCGGCUCUGCCCGUCACCUUCCUCAACUCCUGAUCUCGAGCGCGCACGCCAACGCCCCUCGACCAUGAAACCCCACAAGAGCAGCCCCUUCUCGCGGAAGGUCUCCGUCGCCGUUGCCACGCCGACCCUCCUCCUGCUGGCCCUCGCCGUCGUCUCGCUCUACGACUUCAACUUCGCCGAAAGGUACCAGUACAUACGCCGCGCCUCCUCUUCAUCCUUUGCGUCCCCUGCCACCACCCCCUCGUCUCCCACGGUUCCGGCGACAGUACCAUCGUCAACUUCGCCGGCGUCUCCGGCCAACUCCUCCUCGUCUUCGGCGUCCCUGGCCAACUACUCCUCGUCGGCGUCUCCGGCCACGGCCCUCGAAGCAUGCGAUCUUACGCGGGGCCAAUGGGUGCCGGACGACGAGCCAUCGUACUACACCAACCUGACGUGCCCGUUCAUCGACGACCUCCAGAACUGCAUGAAGUUCGGCAAGCCGGGCCUGGACCUCAUGCGCUGGCGGUGGAAGCCUGACGGCUGCGACCUCCCCCGCUUCGACGCCGGGCGGUUCUUGGAGGCCAUGAGGGGCAGGUCCAUGGCCUUCGUCGGGGACUCGCUCGCCAGGAACCACGUCAAGUCUCUGCUUUGCAUCCUGUCGCAGGUGGCAGAGCCGGUGGAGCUGGUCACCGCGACGGAGACGGACGUGACGAGGAGGGCCGUCCGGCGAGACUUCCACUACGGCAGCCACGGCUUCAACGUCUCGCUCUUCUGGUCGCCCUUCCUGGUCAAGGCCAACCUCUCGAACGCGGCGCUCGGCCUGGGCCUGUGGGACGUGCACCUCGACACGGCGGACGCCCGGUGGGCGGCGCACAUCGCCGACUUCGACUACAUCGUCCUGUCCGGCACCAACUGGUUCUUCCGCCCCUCGGUGUACUACGCGGGCGGCCGGGCCGUCGGGCGCAACGGCGGCGCCAGCGGCGCCCACAACGCGACGGAGACGCCCGUCUCCGGCGCGGUGCGCGCCGCGUUCCGCACGGCGCUCGGCGCCAUCAUGGCCCGCGAGGGGUUCCGGGGCAAGGCCGUGGUCCGGACGGUCACGCCCGCGCACUUCGAGAACGGGGAGUGGAACACCGGCGGCGACUGCGUGCGCACGCGGCCGCUCCGCCGCGGCGAGCGCGCCCGCGACGCCGUCGUGGCCGAGUUCCGCGCCGCGCAGGUUGACGCGCUGAGAGAGACGGAGGCGGCGACGCAGCGGAACCGGAGCGGCGCGGAGCUGCGGCUGCUGGACAUCACGGAGGCGAUGGAGCUGCGGCCGGACGGGCACCCGAGCCGGUACGGGCACCCGCCGGGAGGGAGCGUGGAGGGGAGCUUCGUGGUGGACUGCCUGCACUGGUGCUUGCCAGGGCCGAUCGACCUGUGGAGCGAGCUGCUGUUCCACAUGCUGGCGGCUCAUCCACAGCCUGCUGACAUUGAGUGAGUGGUGCAAAUGCAUCGAAGCCAGACUUUGUGUAAAUUGAUCUUCUUUUUUUGCCGCAUUAAUUCCGAGCAAAGUGAAUCCACGGUUCGGUUGCCAACCAUACCGUCGUCUGUCUUUCUGUCUGUGUGUCUGUGUGUGUCUGUACUAGCAGGGUUUCUCCUUCCCCUAUCUCCACUCUCCUCUCGCGGCGCUCCCGUGGGCGCUCCGAGGGGAACCCAUCCCGGCCGCCGCCUCUCUCCUCCCUCCUCUGCCCACCUCCCUCGCCGCCGCCCGGUGGCGCCGCCGGGCGAAGCCAGGCCGGCCGGGGCAGCGGCGGGGCCUUCCUUUCCCCUCCGCUCAUGGUCAUGGCCGGCGCGGGACGGCUUCCCGAGCGGGGGCGCUAGCCUAUGGCGGGGGCUAGCGGCGUGGCGGCGCUCCGUCGGGGUGGCCUGCCUUGGCGGCGACCUGGUGGGCGGCCGCGGCGUGGCGGCUGCGGCGGGUCAGAUCGGGCGGUGGCGGGCCAGCACGCCUCCAGCUAGAUCCGCGCGGAUUUGGUCCCUGGCGGUAGCGGGCGUCGCGGGGUGGCGGCGCAGGUCCUCGUGGGCUCUGCAUAGAGGUGGAUUGCAGCGGCGUGGCUGCAACCACGUGGUCGGCCGGUCUGCGCGCAGCGGCGGCGGGACUGCUCCGGCGGCUUUCUCGGACGGCGACCCGUGUACGAGAGAUAGGUCUUCGAUCAGAUCUGGGUGAAAAUCUGCUAUUGGCUAUUGCCUUAGGUCGGCGAUGGCGACGCUGUCUGCAUCGUUCCCUUCCUGAAGGCAUCGUCGUGGAGAUUCAAGGCCACUCUCUGCUACCUCCGGGGGAAACUCU